ACAGCAGGUGGCGGGAAUGCAGCUAACAAUGGUUUACCACCGCCAAUAAACAGACAAGAAGAAGAGGAAGGACGUCGCGGAAGAGUGAGCUGUGAAGAUGAGUGAUACUGUGAGUUUGUUUGGAGGAAGAGUGCCUGCUGAGGUGGAGCUGCUGUGGAAACACCUGAAGAACCUGAACAGAGACACAUUCACACAGAUUCUCAGAGCUGUGGUGAACGCCAUUGAUGGUCAGGACUGCUGUGAGUCUGUGAGGGUGAUUUCGGAGAGCGGGUUCAUCUCAGAAGAGAGCUUGAACCAUGUGAUGGCGGGACUGUAUGCUCUUCUGAAAGAAGCUCUGUGUCUGCCUGCUUUAAGACAAGAGGUUUUUAAUGAGGAUCUCAGAGCUCUUCGGAUUUCUGAAGAGUUCCUUGCAGACGUCUCCAGUGUUGUCUUUGGAAACAGGCAAACUUCCAUGAAUGUUAGUGAUAGACAUCAAGGACCGAGUCUGGCAAAGUUGGAGGAGUUUAAAUGGAGAGUUGAUGUUGCCAUUUCAACAAGCUCACUGGCUCGAGCGUUGCAGCCCUCCAUUCUCAUGCAGAUGAAACUGUCAGAUGGACAUUUGUAUCAAUUUGAGGUUCCAGUUGUCAAAUUCCAGGAGCUUCGGUACAAUGUCUCUCUAAUUUUAAAGGAAAUGAAUGACAUAGAGAAGAGAAGUAUUCUCAAAAUACAAGACUGAUAGAUCAUUUAGAUCAAAUUGUUUAACACGUCCAUGUGUAAAAGAUAAUAUUGGUGUCUGCAACGAGAAAAACACUGUUGAUGAAAAUCCCUUGUGAGGUUCUUCCGAAUCUGUCUAGUCUUUUCUAAUAUUUGGUAAAUUUUAUUAUUUGUACUGAAUUCAUUUUUAUAAACUGUUUGUUUAUAAAGUUAUGAUUUGUGCUUAAUUGUGUUAAACUGUUUCUUGUUUGUCAGUGUGUGGACAAGAAACACCGUUUACCACAUUUUGUUGAUCUAUAUAAAUAAAUGAUAUCUGUUAUUGACAUGAAAA